UUGCGGCACUGACGGAGCCCGGUCAUCGUCUUUCGUGUUCGCGCUCUCUCGGCUCCGUUCCGAUAUAUCAUUCGUGGUUCUUCGUUCUCCGUUCUCCGUUCUCCUCCCGUUGUGUCGUGUGCUGGCGUGGAGUGUCUGGCGUCUUUGGAGGUGUGAACAGCCACUCGCAGAUAAUAGAUCCGAGGCGUAGAGUAUUGUGUAGUAUCCGGCACAGCCCCCCAGAUCUGACAGUACAGAACCCAAAGCCAAAGACUGAUUGACGGAGUGCGGAAAGACCGUCGGCAAGUGCUCUCCUCUCCGAUUGUGUGAACGUAAAGUUCUGUUAAUACCAGGCGAAACAGAAGAAACCGAAGAAGAAAAGAAAGGAGCUCUACAAGGAAGUUAAAACACUGCCCUAGGCGCACACUGAAAUAUACGAAAAUAAGCUGCCUUUGGUGGGAUACUGGAGUACUGGAGUACUGGUGUGCCUUGGUGGAUUAUGGGCAUAUCGGAGGAGAUCAAGCUGGAGGAACUACCGCAAGAAGCCAAAUUGGGGCACCCGGAUGGCGUUGUGGUCGAACGUGGCUCGGUGCUCGUCUCCUCAGCGUCGGCGGCGACGGCCGGGGCCUCGCUAACGGUUUCAAUUUCUGGCGGCGCACCCAGCGGCGCCAGCGGGGGCACCAACAGCCCCAUCUCGGACGCGAACAGUGACUGUGAGGCGGACGAGUAUGCGCCGAAGCGGAAGCAGCGUCGCUAUCGGACAACCUUCACCAGCUUUCAGCUGGAGGAGCUCGAAAAGGCCUUCUCACGCACCCAUUACCCCGAUGUGUUUACGAGAGAAGAGCUGGCGAUGAAAAUUGGCUUAACCGAGGCGCGCAUUCAGGUCUGGUUCCAGAAUCGUCGCGCCAAGUGGCGCAAGCAGGAGAAGGUGGGUCCACAGUCGCAUCCAUACAAUCCUUACCUGCCCAGCGGCGCCGCCAGCAUGCAGACGGUGGUGGGAGCCGCCCUGCCGCCCAAUCCCUUCACCCAUUUGGGCUUCCAGCUGCGCAAGCCCUUCGAUGCCCAACACGCGGCGAAUCUGGCCGCCUUCCGCUACCCGCAUCUCUCGGCAGCGCCCAUGAUCCCAUCCGGCUACUUCAAUCAGUUCCAGCGAGCUCCUCCUCACAUGCUGCCACCGGGCAUGGCCGGGAUGUACUCGCCCUCCAGCUCCUUCCAGUCGCUCUUGGCCAACAUGACGGCAGUGCCGCGCGGCCCACCCCACAUGCCGCCAAUGGGUGGCAAGCCCAUGCUGGUGGGAUCGCCCGACCUUCACUCGCCCACCUCGCCCGACUCUGGCGCCUCGCAGCAUCAGCAUCAGCCUCCACCACAGCAGCAGCAGCAGCCACCACACGCCCAGCCCUCGCAGCUGUCGCCCCAGCAACUGGUGGGGAUAUCUCUCACCCACCAGGUGCCCUGCGGCUCGCCCACACAGACGUCGCCCGUGGCCCUGACCCUGUCCCACUCGCCGCAGCGCCAACUGCCGCCGGCACAGCUUGCGCCGCCCCGUUCAUCCACGCCGCCCGAGGAUCGACGCACUUCCUCGAUUGCCGCCCUGCGACUGAAGGCGCGCGAGCACGAACUGAAGCUGGAGCUGCUGCGACAGAACGGUCAUGGCAACGAUGUCGUCAGCUAGCUGGGGGCGUGCCCCAAGCUCCCAAGUCCAAGUGCAAGACAUUUGCUGGUUCACUUUAGUCGUAAGCGAAUAAGUUAUUUCAUUGUAUGUGCAAGUAUUUAACACGGAAUUUUCGAAAAUAAAUUCACAAAGUAA